GUGGAAAUGGUAGCAAGAUGGCGGCGUUGAAGGAGGAGCAGUGUUACGGACUGUCCUGUGGAAGAGUGAGCAAUGGCAGCAAUAUCUCUGUCUUUCACGUUAAACUCACUGACAGUGCUUUGAGAGCAUUUGAAGAUUACCAGAGCAGUAAGGGCCUUUCUGCAGAGCCACUAAUCCGAUUCACUGGAAACCAAGGGAAAAUCUCAAUACCACGGUCAGAAAAUGCCAGUGAGGUGCGGACGUUUACUUUCUACUUGUCCAACGUGGGCAGAGAUAACCCCCAGGGAAGCUUUGACUGCAUUCAGCAGUAUAUUACCAGUGACGGCAGCGUCCAGCUGGACUGCCUGGGCAGUAUUCAGGACAAGAUCACGGUGUGUGCCACGGAUGACUCGUACCAGAAGGCGCGUCAGAGCAUGGCACAGGUGGAGGAGGAGACGCGCAGCCGAGGGGCCAUCGUCAUCAAACCCGGCGGCAGAUACGUGGGUAAACGGGUCCAGAUCCGGAAACCGGUGACGGGCCUUACCGACGUGGCCCCGUCCCGGCGGACGUCUCGACCCGCCAUCGUCUCGGGCAGCAUGAAGAAGAGCGCGGCCGGGCCUCCGCGCCCCCUGAGGGAACGCCUGGUCCACCUUCUGGCCCUCAAGCCUUACCGCAAACCUGAGCUCCUGCUCAGGCUGCAGAAAGACGGCCUCUCGCCCCAGGACAAAGACGCUCUGGACAGCCUCCUGCAACAGGUGGCUAACCUAAACACGAAAGACAGCACCUUCACAUUGAAGGACUGUUUAUAUAAGGAAGUACAGAAAGACUGGCCAAGCUACACUAUCAUGGAUCAGCAGAUUCUGAAGAGAAUUCUUGUCCGGAAACUGUGUAAGUCCCAGAGCAGUACACCAGCGGCAGUGGACAGCCCAGUCAGCUCCCCCAAAGAGCAGGCCAACAGCCCCCCGUCACAGAAACGACCUGCGGCUGACUUCAUCGACCCUUUGGUUAAUAAGAAGCCCAGAAUAUCGCAUCUCGUCAGCAAGGGCGUGGCCACGGGCCCCGUCAACGGCAAGCUGAGCUCCUCCAACGGGAAGGAAAGUUCCGGAACCUCGGUGUCGACGUCGGCUAGCGCGGCGAUCGGGAGCGACAGCGCGGCGUCCGGCUCUCAGCUCCCGCUGCUGGACAUCCCGCGACCCUGCGACCCCCUCUCAGACGUGAGCAACGACUCAAGCCACAACGGCCGUGACCUGGAGGGGCAGGAAGCCGCCGUCGCCGAGAGACUGGGCCACGCCUCCUCCCUCUCCGGAGCUCCAACGAUCUCCGCUUCCGGUACCGCGCCCUCACCCCCGAGCCACCCGGGUCUGGACGGCCCGCAGGGCGCGAGCGCCUCCCCUCUGCCCCACGGCAAGUCCAAGAAAAAAUCCAAGAAGCACAAGGUCAAAGUGAAGUCAAAAGAGAGAGAUCGGGAGAGGGAGAGGGAGGUGAAGAGGGAGAGGAGGGGAGGGGAGGAGCGCGACUCGGAGCAGAGGAAAGCCUGCGAGAUAACGUCGAGUCCGGAGCUCGGAGCCAGCAGCAUUCCCCAAAAGAGCACAGAUCUGAAUGGAGUGAGCAACAGCUCCGGCGUUCCUGCGUCCUCACCAGAGACUGCUGAUUAUUUAUUAAAGUACACAAUGAUCUGCACCCCGGAGCAGCGCCAGAGCUACAAGAACGACUUUAAUGCGGAGUACAGUGAAUACAGGGGCCUGCACGCGCGGAUAGAGGGAAUCACUCGCCAGUUCACUGUGCUAGACACUGAGCUUAAACAGCUCCAGCAAGGCACGGACAAGUACAAGACAAUCCACAAUCAGAUACUUGAAGAGUAUCGUAAAAUUAAAAAGACUAAUCCAAACUAUAGCCAAGACAGGAACCGCUGUGAGUACCUGCACAACAAACUGGCACACAUCAAGAAGCUGAUAGCGGAGUACGAUCAGCAGCAACUUCAAAACUGGCACUAGUAUAUUUAUGUCCUUUCCCUUUUUCUCCACUGGAAACCAGACUGCGAAAAAGAGAAAUCCUGGAUUUUGCUUUUUGGGUU